AUGAAUAAGAUCCUGAAUGUUUACAAGGUUGCACGGGUACGGGAGUACUUGGAGACUUUGGAGGCUGGUGCUAGUACUGGUUUCCUUUUUUUUUGUUUGGCUUGGAGACGGUGGGAGACAGGCAGAUACGUUAGCGAUAAGUCUCCUCUCUAUGGAGACGUUUGCAACGAAGUUUCUGGUGCAAGAGACACAUCCGAGUCUCCGAUGCCUAAGAGUUUUGAUUGGCUGUUGCUAAACAGAGAAGAUUUCAGAGCCUUUGCAGAAGUUUGUUUAAGAGAAUUUGGGGACAGAGUGAAGCACUGGACAACUUUCAACGAGCCAAAUGCAUUUCCCACUUUAAGUUAUGACAUUGGUUGGUGGCCUCCGGAACGCUGUUCUUAUCCAUUUGGAUAUUUUGGCAACUGCAGUGCAGGAGAUUCUACAGUCGAACCAUAUAUCGUUGGUCAUCAUGUUCUGUUAUCUCAUGCAGAAGUAGUUGAGGUCUACAGAGAAAAAUUUCAGACCAACCAAAAUGGUUUUAUUGGCUUGGCAAUUGUGGCAAUUGUUGACUUUGACAAUGUGUCAUUGAUGUCAAAAGACAUUCAUGAAAGAGAGAAAGCUGAACAAACAUACAGUAUAAUUGGUCCUUUGCUUGUCUUUGAACUAAGCCCAUUGUCAUCACAAUCAGAACAGGAGCAAGAAGACCAGCCACAUAAGACACAGUGUGAAUCUGAUGUUAUUAAGUCAAGUACGGGAGUAACUUUGACAUCCAAUUCUUAA